AUGAAGAAGAAUGAUGAACAUCAAUUCAAGCGCUUUCUUGAGCUUCUAAUGCAGAUGCACAUCAGUGACGUGCAUAAAGGUGAGAAAGAAGCUUUGGAGCAGAUGCCAACAUAUGUAAAAUUUUUUAAGGACAUUUUGACGAAGAAGAGAAGAGUCAGUGAGAAAGAAGUAAUAGCGCUAACACGGGAGUGUAAUGCGUUAGUAAGUAACAAUCUACCAAAGAAGCAGAAGGACCCUGGGAGCUUCACAGUUCCUUGUUCGAUAGGAGGAUUGGAUCUUGCUGACAGAACAAUUAAGUACCCAGAAGGGAAGAUUGAAGACGUUUUGGUGAUGGUUGACAAUCUCAUAUUCCCAGCAGACUUUAUUAUCUUAGACUAUGAAGCAGAUAAGGAGGUACCAAUUAUCCUUGGAUGUCCAUUCUUAGCUACUGGGAAAGUUUUAAUUGACGUGCAUAAAGGUGAAUUAGCUAUGCGCGUGGACAAUAAAGGGGUGAAGUUUAAUGUGCUCAACGCAUUAAAGUUCUCAGAUAGUGAAGAUUGUCAACUAAAUAGUAUUGAGUUGCCUGAAGAAGAGACCCAUUUAUGUGAGGUCCUCGCAUUGGAGGAAAACCUUAAAGAAUCAGAGCCGCCAAGUCUGAGUGAGCGGCGGAAAAAUCCAACGCGUCCAUCACUUGAAGAACCACCAGAACUCGAGUUGAAACAGUUACCUGGACACUUGAAAUAUGCAUUCCUUGGAACCAACAACACUUUACCUGUGAUCAUUUUCGCAAAUCUCACAGAGCCUAAUGAGCAAUCUCUCUUGUAG